GGGGGGCGCUACGUCAUUUACUUCUUUCCUGAAGCGGGAGCGUGGAGAGUAGGGGGCCGCGGGAAAAAGGGGGACGGCCUACGUCACCCGCUUCUUCCUUCAAGUGGGAGCGUCGUGAGUAGGGGACCGCGGGAAGGAGGGGGACGGCCUACGUCACCCGCUUCUUCCUCCUUCAGUGGUGCUUCUUGGGGAAGGCUUUCUGUCUUUAAUUUAUUAUUCACGAUAAUUUUAUUCCCCUUCGUUUUUAAUUUAUUUUUUGUUUUCUUAGGGAUUCGCCCCGAAUCGGGGUAUGGAUCGGGUCGACAGACGGCUCGUCGGUCCCGUCGAUUCACGCCCGGGGACUGGAUAAGUCGAUUAUCCAUUUGUCCUGAUCUCGCCCAGGUGCCGGGCGUCCUUGAGGUUCCGGUCGUCGACGAGGAUCCGGACGUCGUCGUGGAUCCGGACGUCGUCUCCCAGAAUCCCGACAGUCGUCGGUGAUUCCGUCUGACUCAGGUGUUGCUCCAUAGUUGGAAUCUUUUCUUUUCUUCUCCCUUUUUGUUCUUCGUUGACGUGUGGUCAUUCAGUCGUUGUCCGUCUGUCACGUCGAUCGUUUGUGGUUUGUUUUAUUGUUAUAAAAUGGUGUUAUCCGCUGGUGACCCGAUUGUGCGAGUGUUGGAGGACCUUAUAGAGACGGUUCCCUUCGUUGGGUCCCUGAUUCGUGGUGGUUCGCGAUUCUAUGAUUUCCACGAGUUGUUGUUAGAGCCUCUUCCCUCUUGGGCUCCACGGGAAAUUUUUGAGUACCGUAUAGCUCUUACUCUUCCCGCCAUCCGGUCUGGCCAAUAUUUUGGGUUGGGGUUGGUCGAUCUCCUCAAUAGCCAGCGAGAUUCUAGUGAGAUGACGGGCCAUCCUUUCUGGAUUCCGGGUUUUGAGGUUGGGGAUUUUGACGUAGUUCUCCCGGCAUCUUUGGAGUCCUUUCCCUGGGAAACCGUGCAAGAGGUCACUGAACUCUGGCUUACCCUGACGGUGGAGAAUUAUUAUCGCGUCCCUCUGUUCUCCCAUUCUGCCCCGUGUCUCCUGUUUGACCUUCUUUACGAUGCUUGUUGGGAUCGUGUGGAGACUAUCCUCAGGAUGGGGAUUACUCGUGAGGUUCGGCGACAGGGGAAUCUGCGCCUGUGGCUAUCGGGUGAUUUUUGUCUCCCCCGUCUCUUUAUUGAGGGUCCCUGUCCAGGGUGAGUUAUCCUCCCCCCUUUUUUUUUUGAUGCUAAAUUUGUGUUAUAUAUAUAUUUUUUUUUUUUUCAGGCUCCCCGUAUGUAUCAAUACGGGGAUGAUCCUCUGGAAUAUCUACGAUAUUUGUCCGGGGAUCCUACUCUCGGGGAGGAGAUCGUCGACGAGUACGACUGGUUUGCCUUCUUCGAGCAUGUUCGUGGGGAUGCCUUUGUAUGUGUUU